AUGCCGUCCAAGCGCAAGCGCGAUAACAUUCUCGACUUCGAUCCAAACAAAUCUGACUCGGAGGACGAGAACUUUGACCCCAGUGCCAACCGUCCCAGCCCGCCCAAUAGAAAACGGUCGCGCCAGUCACGAAACGUGAAGAAAUCGUCACGUGGGGAGAGAGGUGGUGGCAGAUAUCGAGGUUCAGAUAUUGACGAUGACGACGACGAUAUACUCGAGGACAGCGACGAGGGUUCUUUCAUUGAAAACGAUGAUGAGGAUGACGAGGAUGAGGAAGCCGUCAAUGCCACAACAGGCCGUCGCCAGAGAAAGACGGCAACACGACGUCAGACCUACAAGGAAAGCUCAGAGGAUGACGAUGAUGCUGCUGCUGUAGAAGAGACAGACAAAGACGAACUGGAUGACACUCCUAAGAAGAUCAAGGGCCGACCCACCAAGAUCAUCAAGCUUAAGCUUACGCCAGCCGCCAUGCGGAACACCAGAACAACUCGCGGCGCAUCACGAGAAGCGUUGAAUCCGAUCAAACGGGCGACGCGGUCAAAUACAGUGGACCGGGAUGACGAGAUGGUGGAGUUGUCCAACUCAGGAAAGCAUGCAUUGCCCGCAAAGUCGUCGAGGAGCAGAAGCCCUGAAGCAUUAGGGCGAGCUACUCGACUUACCCGUGGCGGUAAAGGCAUCAAAGCUCCAUCCGUCAUCGAGGAGGCAACGCAAGAAGGCAGUCGUCAAGAAGAGGACAACGAUGCCGACGCAAUGCAAGACGACACCGUCCUGAAUGUCCCCGAUGACAAAGGCGAGGAGUCUGGCAAUGUGGCUGAUGCUACUGUUGAGAUUGAGGACCAGCCAAUGGAGACGGUCGAAGAAGACGCUGAUGCAGAUGAGGACGAUGAAAUGCCUAUCCAGCGCCGGACUCGGGGCUCCAGGAGUGGCGCCGCAGGCGCGGCGGCGGCGGAAGAUGCAAACGCAGACUCACCAGAGAAGCCGGCCACCAGAGGUCGUCUCACCCGCGGCUCACGGGCCCGGAAGUCGAUGGCCGAGCCAAGCAGCGAUUUCGAUCCCAACGAAGUUGCCGAUGACAACGACGAUGGCUCUGAUGAUGAGCUUGCAAAAGACAACGGAGACGAUGAGGACGAGUCAUCAACACCGACACGAGGGCGCAAGAGCUCACGCGCGAAGAGUCGGGGCUCUCGAAGGUCUCGAAUGCGCGAGGAGUCUGACGUGGAGCUCGAUCCCGAUGAGCUGGCAGACGAACUUGAAGAACUCAAAGCUGAUCGACCUAGAAGACGACGGCAACGAACGCCGGAACCCCACCUCACGGUUCCCAGCAAGCGCGUACGAGCCCCCGUCAAUUACACGAUUCCAGCGCUCAACCAGAUCAACCUACUCGAGGAUGAAGAGAACAACGUGCCAACUCCAGCCAGACGCCGCGGACGUGCCACCGCUGCAAGUGGUUGGGACCACAGCUUGCUCUCCCUGGCUGGACCGUUUGGCGGUGUUGACCUCUCCAAGGGAGCACUGUUCAACGGGCCAUGGGGCACCGGAGCUUAUGAGGCUGCUGGUGGUGCCGAUCCCGACAGCAGUGAUGACGAAGGUGCUGAACGUGGUGGAGCCAAUAUGGGUGUCGGGGUGACCCCAACAGCAGCAACACAUCCGGCGAUUCUAAAUACCGCAGGUGCCGCUGGCCCCAAUGUUGGCAAGAUCAAGGACCGCAAGGCGUUGGCAGAUGCCGAUCCGCUUGGAGUGGACAUGUCUGUGGACUUCAGCCAAGUUGGCGGCAUGCAAAACCAUAUUGAUCAGCUCAAGGAGAUGGUGCAGCUGCCGCUACUGUAUCCACAGCUUUUCCUCAACCUGAAGAUCACCCCUCCCAGAGGCGUCUUGUUCCAUGGACCCCCAGGAACGGGUAAGACGUUGCUUGCCCGUGCCCUUGCCAAUUCUAUUGGUUUCGGUGGCAAGAAGAUCUCCUUCUACAUGCGAAAGGGUGCAGAUGCCUUGAGCAAGUGGGUUGGUGAGGCCGAAAAGCAGCUGCGACUUCUGUUUGAGGAAGCGAGAAAGACGCAGCCCAGCAUCAUCUUCUUUGACGAGAUCGAUGGCCUGGCGCCAGUUCGGUCUAGCAAGCAGGAACAGAUCCAUGCCUCGAUCGUCUCCACAUUGUUGGCGCUCAUGGAUGGCAUGGACGGGCGUGGACAAGUCAUCGUCAUUGGCGCCACGAACCGACCCGACAACAUCGACCCAGCACUGCGACGGCCCGGGCGAUUUGACCGAGAGUUCUACUUUCCCCUGCCUGAUGUUGACGCCCGGAAGUCCAUCCUUGACAUCCACACAAAGGACUGGGGUUUAUCCCAAGACUUCAAGCAGUCUCUCGCAAAGGAGACCAAAGGCUACGGUGGUGCCGAUCUGCGCUCGCUGUGUACUGAGGCCGGCCUGAAUGCCAUUCAAAGGACAUAUCCUCAAAUCUACAUGACGAGCGAGCAGUUGUUGGUAGACCCAAGCAAGAUCCACGUGCAGAUGUCAGACUUUGUCAUCGCAAAGAGGAAGAUCAUUGCCUCGUCUCAAAGGUCAUCUACGAGUGCGGCAGCGCCUCUGCCCAAGGUCAUUCAGCCUCUAUUACGAGACCAGGUUGCUAUGAUGAAGGGGGCACUCGAUGCCGUGCUGCCUCGGACCAAGAAAGCAACUGCGCUCGAGGAGGCAAUGCUGGAACCCUAUGAUGACGAAGACUUUGGUCAUGGCCGCGAGGCUCUGUUCGAGGAGUUUGAGCGGUCACGAACGUACCGUCCCCGACUCCUCAUUUGUGGUUCCCCAGGCAUGGGCCAAUCCUACAUUGGUCCCGCUUUACUGCACCACCUCGAGGGCGUGCACGUGCAAAGUUUCGACCUGGCGACUGUGGUUGGCGACGUAGGGAAAGUGGAAGAGAAGCUUCUCACCCUCUUCAAGGAGGUCAAGCGACACCAGCCGAGUGUCAUCUUUAUUCCGAAUGUUGACGCCUGGUACCAUGGAUUGUCGAGGACCGGGGAGGGACUCGAGACCUUCCUCACCCUCCUGCGGUCGCUGCAGCCCGCUGAUCCUGUCCUACUGCUCGCCACCGCAGAUAAAGAGGCGAAGUAUCUGGACCCUGAGCUCAAGAGAGACCUCUUUGGCUUCUCAAGUCGGAAUUGCAUAGAAAUCGCGCGACCUUUCAAGGAAAAUCGUCAAGAAUACUUUGCAAGGAUCAUUGAUCAUAUUCGUCGGUCGCCAAAGGACUUUCCUAACCCUGUGGACCGGAAGAAGCGUGUUCUCGAAACGCUUCCCGUCGCGCCACCUCCCCCGCCAAAAAAGCAGACCAAGGAGGAGAUGCGAAAGGCCAGCUUGGACUACCGCCGUCUCCUGAAUCUCUUGAAAGUCAACCUCCAGCCCAUCAUGGAUCAGAUCAAUCGAAAGUACAGGCUGUUCAGGAACCCUGUUUUGGUCCCUGCACAGUAUGACUACCUCUUUGCCGAGCAAGACCCCAAUUUUGUGUCACCCGACAUUGCCGGACAGCCGCGUCCCUACGAAAUUGACCAGGACAGCAAAGGAACCAAUGUUCUACGAGAAACGGCGACAGGCAAGUUCUUUUACAACAUGGAUAUCGUAGUCAUCGAGGAGCGCCUAGCCAAUGGCUACUACAUCAGCCCGUUUGCGUUCCUGCGAGACAUUUAUGCUCUCGACCACGACGCAAAGGCACAUGGGGUGGACAAGCAGAGGAUUCUGAAAGCCUCCGAAUUGCUUUCCAAUGUGGAGGUUGACAUUCAGGACGUCAACACAAAGUUCAACAAUGACAAUGUGACGACUGACUGGGAGGGCGAGUUCCGGAAGGAGCAAGAACGCCGAGAGAUUCGGAUGGAGCGGCGGCGGAAAAAGGCAGCGAUGCAAUCUGUUGUCGACUCGGCGCAGGCGAAUGGCACAGGUGCACAGAACACUUCGCAAAAUGGCCAACCACCAAGGCUCAACACGACCACUGCGCACUUCCAGGUAAUCGGGGACCUUGCUAAUGGCAUGGACGAGGACUCCCCAUCACCCGCCCCAGCGGCCGUAUCGAGUGAUCUAGCUGGAGCACCGCCAAUGGCUGGCGAAGACACCCAGAUGACUGAUGCGGAUUCUGUGAUUCCCCAACGGAAUCCUGCGAUGCAACCACCAUCGCAGUGGCCACGUAUCGAACAGCGUCCUGUGGACUUAUCCGCACGGGCGACUGCUGGGGCCGACACGCAGCUUUCUCAGGUAUCGGCAGUACAAGCGCUCCCGCCUGGUGUAUCGCCCUCGGCACUUGCCAAUGAUGCUUCAACCACAAAGACUUCCGAUCCGUCGAAUCGCUCUUCCAACUUCAGCACUCAACUGACGAAUGGCGCAGCGCAUGGCGAGCACUCGAGCCCUGGCGAGCAAAUCCCUGACACACAGCCCUUGACUCAACACACCUCCAGCGACGAGCACUGGAUGCACUCACAGGCUCACGCUGUGGCGCGAGGGUAUCCCAAUUAUUCCCAGGGCUCUGCGCACAAUACUUCACCCGUUGGCGCAAAGUCUUCCCAGGUUGCGAGUGUUGCAAAUCUGCUCAACAGUCCACUCCCCGAUGACGCUUCUCAGUCACAGCUGCACUCUAACUCCGCUGCGUCUCAGCACGUGGAGGUGGAUGACGCAUCUGCCGAUGUCUUCCAAAUGCAGCUCACUUCGCGAACGUCGGGCUGCACGAUUGAGCAGCUCGAGCAGAUCUCUCGCGAGCUUAUGUCCGAGAUCUGGAGGACGAGGGGCGAGCACAACCGCAUGAAGGUCCUCAACUCGGUGACAAGGAUUUUCAACGAGACGAUCAAUGAUAUUGAGAGUAUGCAAAGGCUGCUACAGGCGAGCCAGUAG